GGACUUCGAUCGGACGGCAGACUGGCAGAGGCCUGCACGCAACGCGCGGCGCUGUAGCGGACCCCUUCCUCCACCUCUCUCUCCUCCAGGAGCCGCCGGUUCUCCUCCCCUCUCCUUCUUCGACUCCCGUCGCCGCCGGUUCUCCUCCUUCGACCCCGGCCGCCGCCACGGAAGCCAGGGUUGGCCGAGGUCUGUCUGAGCCACGGUAUCCGCACUGCAUCUCAGCUGCUGACCAAGAACCCCAUCCCGCCCCAAAUCCCAGCGGAAGAUGCAGGCCAAGAAGCUGACGCUGCUGCAGACGGUGGCUGCCGCGGGAGUCUUCUCAGCCGUCUCCUGCUGGUACGGCUUCAUGUUCGGGAGGGAGUCUGCGCGGCGCGAGCUCGGUGGCAUCAUCGACGACCUCCGCAGCGGCUCCACGACAGGCUCUGCCGCGUCCUCCUCCGACUCCCACGCUCACCCCAAACCAUAGUGUGAUCCUGCUCUACAGUGUCAAGACCAAGAAUGUCCAUCAUAAAUGACGAGGUGGGUAUUAGAAGAGUUACCAAGCAGUUCUGGUAAAAAAGAAACAUUUUCAGAUGAAGAUCUAAGCAAUUAGUAGACUUAUGUUUAGCAGGUUUCCUUUUGUGCUUUUCUUACGCAAACAAAUUAUGCUACAGUAUGAUUGGGUCAUCAAUACCUUUCCUUCCACUGUAUAACAAUGGUGUAACAUUCGUUCUCCUGGUGCAUCUAAGGGUAGGAAGUGGCAGUGGAUAAUCCGAAACAUCUGAUAUCCGUAUUCAUGAAAAUGCCUAUCCCUAUCUGAAA